AACCAUCAACCCCAGAUAAAUGGCUGUUGAUGUUACCCCAGAAUCCCCGCACCCGCCCCAUCCCGUAGAAAGAUACCCGCGCAACGGAGCGAUCAAAUGUGCCGGUUGACGUUGUGGCUCACCAGAGCUGCGACUUGAUGCAGGUCAGCCGAGCGAUGUUUUUGCCGUUGCAGAUGCAUCCGCCAUUCAACUUAGAUUAAGGCGUGUAAAUCCCUUGCUUUACGGCCCACCAUCUCCGAUGGCCUCGUGGUAUUGAUAGAGCGAGGAUAGCUAGGUCCCGAUUCCGGCGAACUGUCUCGUGUUAAGGGCGACUGUUGUCCUGUAUUUGUGGCAGUACAAACUUCGUCGCAGUCUUCCGAGCAUCGUCUCCUACGCUCUGCAAGCUGUACAUUCUCCUUGCGUUCGAUAAGCCCAGAAACGCAUCUUGAGGCUGUGUUUACCAUGUUCAAGUUCAACAUGUAUGGUCGCGGCUUCAAGCUGCGUGCUGCCAUCACUGUCGCUUGCCAGAUGGCAUUCGUGCUCUUCGGCUACGAUCAAGGAGUUUUCAGUGGCAUCGUCGGCAACGAAAGCUUCCGUGCCCAGUUCAAUCACCCUAACCCUUCCCUCGAAGGCAUAAUUGUGUCCAUCUAUAACCUGGGCUGCUUCACAGGCUGCAUCCUGUCCUUCAUCUUCUGCGAGCGUACGGGUCGUCGCCUGGCUAUGUGGAUCGCCAUGUGCUGGAUCAUCGUGGGCGGCGCUCUCCAGGCGUGUGCGUUCAGCGUACCGCAUAUCAUGAUUGCAAGAUUCAUCACGGGCAUUGGCACAGGCAUCGAGACGAGCACGGUGCCAAUGUAUCAGAGCGAGCUGUGUGAGGCAGAGAAAAGGGGGCGGCUGGUGAGUAGUGAGCCGCUGUUUGUGGGCGUUGGAAUCGAGAUCGCGUAUUGGUUUGACUACGGGAUGAAUUUUGCCGAGGGAAGUAUUGCUUGGAGGCUUCCGAUUGCGUGUCAGGUUAUUUUUGCCUUUGUGGUCAUUGGGUUGGUCUUUGGGCUGCCGGAAAGUCCACGGUAUUUGUAUAAGCAUGGGAAGCAUGAGGAAGCGCUGCAGGUGCUUUGCGAUGUGUAUGAUCUCCCACCCGAUGCGCCCAAGAUUGUCAAGGAGCAAAAUGAAGUACUGGAUGCCAUCGCCAUGGAAGAGGAGAACGGCGCGUACAAGUGGUCGGAGCUGUUUAAGCGUGAUCAUGUACAGACCGGGCGCAGAGUGUUCCUCGCAUAUGGUAUGCAAUUUAUGAAUCAAAUGGGAGGCAUCAAUUUAGUUGUCUACUAUAUUAUAUCAGUGUUACAGAAUAACGUGAGGCUUGACCGCAAUCUGGCUCUCAUUCUUGGGGGCUGUAUCAACGCAAUGUUCUUCUUCGGCUCUCUGGUCCCGACCUUUUUCCUCGAUCGCAUGGGGAGACGCAAGCCCAUGAUGUGGGGUAGCUUUGGCUUGGGCAUCUCCAUGAUGCUCAUUGCGAUUCUGUUGAGUUUCGCCGGCACAUCGGUUGAAAAGCCCACGGCUUCCGCCAGUAUUACUUUCUUCUUCACUUACAUGCUCAUAUUCGGAGCGACAGCGAAUUGCAUUCCAUGGGUCUACGUCCCCGAAAUUCUGCCCUUGCACGUAAGAGCAAAAGGUUCUGCGGUUGGAAUUUCGAGUAAUUGGCUGUGGAACUUCUUCGUUGUGAUGGUGACGCCUACGCUGAUUCAAAAUCUGAAGUGGAAAGGGUACCUUAUUUUUAUGUGUCUAAAUUUCUCUUUCGUUCCACUCAUUUACUUCUGCUAUCCGGAAACCACUAACCUCACACUUGAGGAGAUCGAUUGGCUGUUCCUUAAGAAAGGAGCAGUGAAGGAAAGUAUUCAGAUUCAGAAGGCUGGCGGAUUUGGCGAUGAUUCGGAGUUCAGGAGACCAAGUAGGGCUGUAGGAACUGGUAGCGACAUCGAGACGAAAGAGAACGAGAGUACGGAGAAGAUGGAAGCGACGUAAUUGCAGAUGUAUAUAGUGCAAAGCAUGGGCCUCUCCCCCUGG